AUGGCGGGGGAAGGCGGGGUUGCUGCUGCUGCACAAGCAGACCGACAGGGGCCAAUGAUCGUCAGCGUCGGACAGGUCUCAUUUCUUCUGACCUACCUGUGGGCUCUGGGACUGUACUUCUACUCCCUUGCGCUGCACCAGAAGCGGACGACUCGAGCCCUCUCAAAGGCUCACUUGUCAGAUGUGCAGCUCCCCGAGUUUGACUCGGCGAGCAAAGGGGGCGAGUCGACGCCGCUCGUGAGCCCGGAAGGCCGGGGGUCCGACAGCGCCCCUGAGCAUGCGGUGCAUUCGUCGCAGAAGCUGGGCUUCUUUCAGGACGCGGCCAGCAGCGGCCUGAUCAAGUGUGUGUUAUUGGACCAGCAGGCGCUAUUGGACGCCAAGGACACGCUGCAGGCUAUCGUGGAGUUUGGCACCAUCAUGGUGUGGUUCUUCCUGUGCGACCGCACGGACCUGCUGCCAGCGUCAGAGAAGCACUACGAACGCGACGUGUUUCUGUUCAUCUUCCUGGUACUCACCAUCGUGGCAUUUGGGUAUAGCCUGCAGCCUGUGCGCACAACGCUGCUGCUCAACCGACCUCAGACGGAAGAGUGGAAGGGGUGGAUGCAGGUGCUGUUCCUACUGUACCACUACUUUGAGGCACGCGAGGCGUAUAACGCCAUCCGCAUCUUCAUCGCUGGGUACGUGUGGAUGACCGGAUUUGGCAACUUCUCCUACUAUUACCGCACGGGCGACUUUGGCAUCGGGCGGUUUUGCCAGAUGAUGUGGCGCCUCAAUUUCAUGGUGUUCUUCACAUGCGUGGUGCUGCAGAACGAGUACAUGCUGUACUACAUCUGCCCAAUGCACACGCUGUUCACCAUCAUGGUGUACGGGGCCCUCGCCCUGGCGCCACAGCUCAACAAGAGCCACCCCUGGCUCUGGGCCAAGAUCCUGGGUUGCCUGGUGACCGUGCUCGUGUUCUGGGACAUCAAGUCGGUGUUCUACGCCCUCUGGACGCCCUUCGAUUUCCUCAUGGGUUACACAGACCCCCGCAAGUCGGACAACGACCGCCUGCACGAAUGGUACUUCCGUUCGUCCCUGGACCGCUUCAUCUGGGUUUACGGCAUGGCUUGCGCGAUGCUGCACCCCUAUGCAUCCAAGGCGCUCACGGCGAUCGACGAGAUGCCGCCGCCGCGCCGCUGGACGGUGCGAGCCGCCGUGGUGGCAGCCACCUGCGCCGUGUUUGCGGUGUACUACCGCAGCAUAUACGUGCUGCCAAAGAUCGAAUACAACAAGGUUCAUGCGUACACGAGCUGGAUUCCUCUGACCUGCUGGAUGAUUGUGCGCAACAUGACACCCGCGCUGCGGACGUGGUCCAUGCGGCUGUACGGCUGGCUGGGCUGCAUCACACUCGAGACCUACCUCAGCCAAUUCCACAUUUGGCUGCGCAGCAGCGUGCCCAACGGACAGGCGCGCUGGGGUACACCCAAAUUCCUCCUGACCAUCAUUCCGGGAUACCCCCUCCUGAACUUUGCGGCCUGCACUGCGAUGUAUGUGUUUGUGAGCCACCGACUGUUCCUGCUGACGCUCGUCCUCAAGGACGCGGCCGUGCCGCACGACAACAACCGCGUACUGGCCCGCAACCUCGUGCUCAUGGGGCUCAUGCUGGUGGUGUGCACCACCAUGGGCUUUGUGCUGCACAGCACGGGGCUCUUGUGGCUCGCGUCGCGGUGA